AAAAAAAGCUUGAUACUUUUGAUGGAUAUGUCGAACUCUGACCAAGAACUCGCUGAGAUUGGAGCUAAUGGCUCGGGCAACAACAACAACAACUUCAACUUGGCGUUUAGAGAGCACAUGUUCGACAAAGUGUUAACACCAAGCGACGUCGGGAAACUAAACCGGCUCGUCAUUCCAAAGCAACAUGCAGAGAACUACUUCCCGUUAGCGAACAAUCAAAACGGCACGGUGUUGGAUUUCGAAGACAGAAACGGUAAGACGUGGAGGUUUCGGUACUCGUACUGGAACAGUAGCCAAAGCUACGUGAUGACUAAAGGAUGGAGCCGUUUCGUCAAAGACAAGAACCUCGAAAACGGAGACGCCGUCUCGUUCCACCGUGCCUACGUCCCCGACGACAACGAACCGGAGAAUCGAAGGAAGCUGCUCUUCAUCGAUUGGAGGCAUCGAGCCGACACAAACCUCGUACACAACAUCACUCAUCCCAUUUUCGGGUCUCCCACCUAUCCAACGGCUAGUUACUUUCCGGUGACGGAAUAUUCCAUGUCUCGUUACCGGAGUUUUCCACCGCUUUACCAUAACCGGUUUCAAGAGAGGGAGGUUUUAGAGUAUGGUUAUGGUAGAGUUGUUAAUGGAGGGCGUUACUACGCGGGAACACCGUUGGAUCAUCAUCAUCAUCAGUGGAAUCUUGGUAGAUCUGAGCCGUCGUUGGUUUAUGACUCGCAUCCUGUUUAUCCUGCGUCGAGGGUUACUUCGUCGUCGUCGUCGGCGAUGCUGCCGCCUUUUACUCCUUCUCAGCCGCCGCCGCCGGAGGGGACGGUGAAGAAGGUAAGGCUGUUUGGUGUCGACGUGGAGGAGUCUUCUUCUUCAGGGGAGACACGUGGCGAAAUGGGUGUUGUUGCAGGGUACUCUUCGUCUUCUCCGGUUGUGAUCAGAGACGACGAUGAAUCAACUUGGAGGUCGCCACGUGGCGAAAUGGGUGCAUCGUCUUCUUCGGUUUUGCAGUUAAGCGAUGAUGAAGAUUAUAAAAGGAAAGGGAAGUCCUUACAGCUUUAGAAAACAUUCAUAUUCACCAAUUUCUUAAAAUUCCCUUUGUUUGCUCCUUUUUAGUUAUUUCCAACUCUAAACCAUUCAAGGUAUUUUGGCAUUGGGGAACUAGAAUGUAGUGAGGAACUUAACCGGGCUUAUAUUAUACAUAUA